AUGUUAGAACAUCUUCUUUCUUUCUUUCUUUCUUACUUUCUAUUCUUUCUAUUCUUUCUUUACUUCUGUUGGCUUUCUUUCUUUCUGUACUUUUUUCUUUCUUACUUUUCUUUCCCUUCUUUAUCCAUUUUUUCUGUUUCAAUUCUUUCGUUCUCUUUCUCUCUAUCUCUCUAUCUAUCUAUCUCUCUAUCUAUCUAUCUAUCUAUCUCUCUCUAUAUAUAUAUAUAUAUUUUUCUUUUCCUUCCUUUCUUCCUUUUUUUCUUUUCUUUUUUAAGCUUCCUUCCUUCUUUUUUACCUUUUUCUUUUCCUCUUCCUCUUUUCUUUUGUUUUCUACCUUUUUUUUUUUCUUUCUUCUUUCUUUUUUCUUCCUUUUUUUUACCUCCUUUCCUUUUUUCUUUUUUUUUUCUUCUUUUUUUUCUUCUUUUUUUUUUUUUUUUUUUUUUUCCUUUCCUUUUCAUUUUUUUUUUUUUCUUCCCUUUUUUUUUUCUUUUCCUUCCCCUUUUUUCCUUUUCUUUUUUCUUCCCUGUUUUCUUCCUUUUCUUUUUUUUUCUUUCUUUCUUCUUCUUUUUUUUUUCCUUUUUUUUUUUCCCUUUCCUUCUUUUUUUUUUACUUUCUUCCCUUUUUUCUUCCUUUUUUUUUUCCUUCUUUUCUUUCUUUGUUUUUCUUUUUUUUUUUUUUUUCCUUCUUCUUUUCUUUUUCUUCCUUUUUUUUUUAUUUUCCCCUUUUCUUUUUCUUAAAAACUUCUUUUUCUUUUUUUCUCUUUCUUUUUUUCUUUUCCUUUUUCUUUUUUUUUUUUCCUCUUUUCCAUUUUUUUUUUUUUUUCUUUCUUCUUCCCUCUUUUUCUUCCUUUUUUCCUUUUCUUUUCCUUUUUUUUUUCUUUUUACCUUCUUUUCCCUUUUUCUUUUUCUUCCUUUCCUUUUUCUUUCUUUUUCUUUCCUUUUUUUUUCCUUUUUUUCUUCCUUUUUUCUUUCUUCUUUUCUUUUCUUUUCUUUUUCUUCCUUUUUUUUCUUUUUUUUUUUUCUUUUUUUUUUUCUUUUUCUUGAAUUUUUUUCUUUUUUCUUUUCUUUUCUUUUUCUUUCUUCCUUCUUUGCUUUUUUUUCCUUCUUCCUUUUUUUUUUUAUUUUUUUUCUUUUUUUUUUUUUUUUUUACCUUUCUUUUCUUUUUCUUCCUUUUUUUCUUCUUUUCUUCUUUUUUUUUUCUUUUUUUUUUUCUUUUUCCUCUUCCUUCUUUCCUUUCUACCUUUUUUUUUUUUUUUUUCCUAGAGAAAAUUUUCUUUUUUUUUCUUUUUUUUCCUUUUUUUUUUCUUCUUCUUUUCUUUUUCCUUUUCUAAAAUUUUCUUUUUUCCUUUUUCUUUUUUUUUCUUUUUCUUCCUUCUUUCUUUCUUUUUUUCUUUUUUUUUUUUCUUUUCUUCCUUCUUUUUUCCUCUUCCUUCUUUUCUUUUUCUUCCUUUCUUCCUUCUUUUUUUCAAUUUUCUUCUUUUUUCUUUCCUUCCUUUUCCUUCUUUUUCUUUUCUUUUUUUCUUCUUUUUUUUUUCCCUUUCUCAUUCCUUUUUUUUUUUUUUUUUUCCCUUUUUUUUCCUUCUUUUUUUCUUUUUUUCUUACUUUUCUUCCCCCUUUUUCUUCCUUCUUCUUCCUAUUUUUUUUCUUCCUUCUUUUUUCUUUCUUUCUUUUUCCUUUUCUUUCUUCCUUCUUUAAUUUUUUUUCCAAAGAUUUUCCUUUUUUUUUUUAA